AUGCCCGAGGAAGGAGAUGCUCGGGAUCGGUGGAUUGAGCGGAGCGCGGUGUUGUUCGACCUCAUCUUGCAAUCGGUCAUCAAUGAUAUGUUCCAGCACACCAAGGACUUGGUUGAGUUGGACGACUCCGGUCCAAAGGCGUGGAAGCUACUGCGCGACGUGAUUCAGCCCAACACGCUGCCCAUGGUGAUUGUGCUCAAGAAGGAGCUGGCGGCCAUCUCCAUGCGAUCGGGAGAUGAUGUGAAGCCGGUCCUUGACAAGAUCAAGGACACCUAUGCGAGGAUGGCAGCGGCGGGCAGCAAGGUGUCGCAGAUGCAGCAGUGCACCAAGAUCAUCUCGGUGCUCGACAACUCGUGGGACAACCUCAUCCCCACCCUCAACGUUCAGCAGGACAAGUGGACGCCUGAGUGGCUACGGCAGCAGAUCCUGCAGGAGGACUUCCGCAGGCGCCAUACGGGAGGCGGUGCUGCCAACAAAACUGCUGAGGGAUAUGGAGCUGCAGGAGGCAGCAGAGGAAGAGGGGGUGGGAGAGGCCGAGGCCGUGGGAGAGGCUUUGGCAGAGGAAGAGGCCGAGGCAUGAAGCCGCCAAGUGGUGAACGCGCACAAGGUGGCAUUGUGCAAGGUUCAGGUGCACAAGGUGAAGGUGCACAAGGUAAAGCCGACCCUGGGAUGUUCCUCAUGGUUGAAGAUGUGAAAGGGAGUGAGGAUGGUGUGGGUUCAGUUGGGAAGGUUGUGAUGCACCCCCUCACUCACUGGGUAAUCGAUUCAGGUUGCACGAGUCACAUGACUCCGCGGGCAGAUUUACUUGAUGAGGUGAAACCCCCUGGGAAGAUCAAGUUUGUGGCUGCCGCUUCAGGUGCUUUGCUCCCUGUGAUUGGUGUUGGGAAUGCCAAGGUGAUGGGAGCCAAUGGGGGACUUGUGGGGCUUGGGAAUGUCCUACUUGUUGAAGGUUUGUCCGCCAACCUCCUCUCUGUGCGCCGGCUGCAGAAAAGCAAGGCAAAGGUUACGUUCGGCCCAACGAGCUGCCGUGCGAAGCUUGGGAAGUUGCUGCUGUGGGAUUUGGACGAGAAGAGCAGCUGCAUCAAGGACUUAUGGCAGCUGCCCAUCAUCCCUUGGAACGGGAAACCACCAGCAACGGCAAAGGCAGCGGCAGCGGCUAAGGCAACUGCGGGAGGAGAGGAGACUGCACCAACUGCUGGGGCCCUGGAUGCAGUCAAGAAGGUGCAGCAGCCACAGCAGCCACAUGGUGAGGUGCUUGCUGGUGUGGAUGCGACAGCUGCAUGGGCAAAGGCUUCAUCUAGGAGUGGUGAGGCCGAUUGGGAGACGUGGCACGAGAGGUUGUGCCACAUCAACAUUCCUAUGCUGCAGAAGUUGGUGAAGGAUGGGAGCUCGAACGGAUUGGAGGUGAAGGGGGCAGCAAAGGAGAUUGGGAGCUGCCCUACAUGCCUUGAGACCAAGUUCACAAAGUUUCCCUUCACCAGCAGCACGGGACCAGUCAAGGCCCCACUCGCGCUUGUGCACAUGGAUGUGGUGGGUCCUACGAGGGCCCUUUCUCUCUCGGGCAGCCGCUACUUCUUGACCAUCGUGGACGACCACACACGUGCGGUGUGGGUGUACCCUCUCAAGACUAAGGGGGAGGUGGCAGCGGCUGUUCUUAAGGAGUGGAUGCCGAGAGCUCAAAGGGAGAGCGGACACAAGGUGAAGGUGAUCCGCACCGACAACGGGGGAGAGUUCAUUGGCAAUGAGUUUGAGGCGGUGCUGAAGAAGAAGGGCAUUCAGCAUCAGCUCACAGUGCCCUACAACCCUCAGCAGAACGGCGUGGCUGAGCGGUUCAACCGGACCCUGCAGGAAGGUGCUCGCACUCUCCUUGGGCGUGCGGGGCUGCCGGAUCCAUUUUGGUUGACUGCACUAAGACAGGUCGCUCUUGUGAAGAACCGGGUGCUGGCGACUGUGGGGGACAGACAGUGGAUCCCCUACACCAAGUGGUAUGGGAGUGCACCAGCAGUCAACAUGCUGAGAGCUUACGGCUGCAUGGUGGUGUUUCAUGUGCCGAAGGAGAAGAGGGGAAAGCUGGAAGCUUCCGGGAGACGAGGUGUGCACUUGGGGCUUGCUAAGGACCACAAAGGCUGGUUGAUAUGGGACUUGACCAGCCAGCAGCUGACUGUGUCAAGGGAUGUGAAGUUCCUUGAGUCCUUGUACUACAAGGAGUGGAAGCAGCAGCAGCAGAAGCUUCCCACUACACCGCUGAUCAUUGAGGCCGAUGAGGUGCAGCGGCCUUCGAGGCAAGUGCAGGUCGGUGUCUCAGAGGAGGAGAUCUCUGGGGUGACUGAGGAUGGGGAAGAACCUGAGGUGGAGGAGCAGCAGCAGCAACAGCAGCAGCAGCAGCAGCAGCAGUAG